GUCGUCAGAAUUCGCGUCGGGCGUUUGCAUUCGUUCCGUCUCCGUGUUUGCGUUUGUGUCCUUCCGUCGUCGAAUCGGUGGAAUCUUGAAUAAAACAAAAACCCCGUUCUCGUCUUCCCGAUCGUUUUAUGAGGUCUCACGUCUAACGCCGGCCGCCUCCGAAUCGAAUCCGACCGCGCCUUCGCGAGUGGCGUCGCCGUCCGAGGAUCCCCGCGAAGAGGAGCGUCCGUCUCUCGGCGAGUAAUGAUCGGCCCUUUCUCAGUGGCCGCCCGAGGAUCCACUCCGCCCGGGCCGAUAUCCGACGCCAACGUCAGACGCCCCGACGACGCCGGAAGCCGGCUGUAAUGCCCUUCCGACGCGCUACUUCCACAGGCGCACUUUUCAAAGUAAAAGCGGACUCGUUCCCAACCGCUUGGGAACGGACUAUGAGAUAGCGGUAAUAAUCAUGGCGACGACGAGCGAAAACGAUGCGACGGCCGAACAACAGAUAUGCACCUCCUUCCCGGAGUUCGCCAUCAUCUGCUCAUUCUUCGAGAUGUUCUCGGACGCCUGCGGCAUCCCCAGGCCCGGCUUCAACGAGUUGCAAGAAAUGCUAGAGAACACCAGCGAAGUUAAGCAGUCACUCAUUGAACUUCAUAUCAAACUUAUGAGGAAGGCAAGGAAGACAAUAUCGGUCGACAGGUGGGAGAGGGCUUUGUCGAAGUUCGCACAUAAAUAUUCUCAACAAGACGGAUGGGAAAUUGAAAGGUUUGGUUAUAAAAAUUCCAAACUUGAAGUUAAAUUAAGAUUGUUAAAGGCAUUGUUAGAGCUCCAGUUUGAUUGCAAUCCAAAAUUCAAAUUAGAAGUCAAUAAACUUACUGCGAAGGAGCUCAGACUGAAGCCUUUGGGGACAGAUGAUACAGGACAGUCAUAUUGGUGUCAAUUUGAUCCAAGUUGUAAUCUUAGAGUUUAUAAAGAAGACACAGAGGAAGAAACUUGGGACCUUGUGGCCAAAGAUAGGGAUGAUUUGGUCAAUCUUAUAGACCAACUGUCAUCAGGAGAAGGGCGUAUAGAAUUAAACUUAAUCCUUAAAGAAGAAGAGGAAUUGGCCAACCAAGAAAAUGAAAAACACAAUCUUGACAUGGGCCAACAAGAUGAUAGUGUUUCAGAGAAAGAGGUAGAAGAAGAGGAGAGUGAAGAAAAUGAAGAUGUCGGUGAUGCUAGUGAGGAAGAGGAUGAGGAAGAAGAUGAAGAUGAAGGAGAGGAUGGUGAUAUUACUGAGAAUGGACAUCAAGACAAAAAGACUGCAAAUUCAGAAAAACAUUCGGUAAAUAUUAAUGGUGAAAAGAACGUGGUUUCUAAUAAAGAGGACGACAAGUCAAAAAGUAAUACUGUUCCUAUUCAAAAUGGUUUUCCUAGUAAGGAGUUUGAGAGUAAUGGUUUAGUAGAUUUAACCAUAAGGCCGGAUAUCAGAAGGCCAGUAUCUAAGCUCGAUGAGAUUUUUAAAUCUAAAAUUGAAUCUCCAGUGUUUAGAGACAAUAUUGAUAGGUCAGAUAUUCUAAGCCAGAUGUCUGCUAGUUUUAAUAAAGUGGAGGACUUGACAGUGAGUGCUCCAAAAAAGCCUAGGAUAAUUGAACAAAAUGAUGAUGAAGUUGAAGAACCUUUAAAAUAUAUUGCUGGUUUAGGUGAAGAAUCUGCUCCUUCUAAUCCAGUCAUUUCAAAUUCAACAAAUAAUAUUGAUGAUAGAGAUGUAUUAAGGGGUGUUGGAGAUGACACUGAUGAGGUAUCACUUCUUCCAUCCAAACCAGAAAACCCUCACAAAGAUGUUCUCAUGGAAUCAGAUUUUGAUGAAGUAAGAGAGAAAUGUAGGGCAGAUAUGCUCCCUUUUCAAAUGGAAAAAGAAGAACCAGUUCCAGAAUUUAGUGAAGUUAUUGAAGAGGAUGUUAUGGUUUUUAGUGGUUUAGGCAGCGGUGUUGAGUGUGACACUGGAAAUCCUGGGGAAUCGACCAAAAACGAAUCGUCAAACAAAGAAGAAGAACAAAAGACUGGUAAAGUUUGGACUAUUGAUUCGCUUUGUGAUAAAGAAAAAAAGAGUACGAGUGAUGUCACUGAUUCAAAUGAAGUGAAAAAAACUAAUGAAAAUGGUGAUGUUGAGCAAGAUUUGAAAAAUGGUGAAUGUUCCAGUUCAGAGAAGAAAAAAGAAGGGAAGGAAAAACAAGUAAUGCUCACCAACAUAAUUGAAGCUUGUUUAGAUCAUGGCGAUAACUCUGAAUUGGACAAACAAUUGGGAAACAAAUACAAUGACUUAUUUUCGGCAAAGAAUAUAGGUGAAAGGACAGAAACUUCUUCCAAAGAUAAUGUAGAAGCAAAAAAGGAAGAAAAAAAAGAAAAGGGAACCGUUGAAGCCAAGGAGUCAACAGACAUAAAAGAAACAUCAGUUGUGGAAAAUGAGAAAAAACCUGAGAAAUUGCAAGGCAGAAAGUCUCGGUCAACAAGUCAAAAUAGUGAUGAAACCCAAGUUCCUCAAAAAAUUAGUAAACCAUCUUCUGUAUCCAGUAGGCGGAGUACUAGGUCCAGUUCUAUCGUGAGCAUUAAUUCAGUUGAAAAUGAGGCCAAUUCAUCGCAGAAAAAAUGUAAAAAUGUCAAAGAUUUAGAUGUGGCUAACAGGGAAGACAAAAGUCAAGAUGAUGCUGAUAAAAAAUUGAAAACUGAAGAAGCCAAAAUACAAAAUAAAUCUUCUGAAGCGGCUGAAGAGAAAACCAAGAUGCUAGGGAAAAGGAAAAGAAAAGACAAGAAAGAAAGUAAUUCGGAUGAAUCUUCUGACUAUGAUGAAGAUGAAGAUGAAGAAGCAGGAGGAAAACGACCAUGCCUAAGAGGAAAAGUAAAAUCUAAAAGAAGGCCUAAAGGUUUGGUUAAGCAUGCAGAAACGGACAGUGAUGCUGAAAACCCAGUUACCUUAAAAAAAGGAGCUCAACAAAAAUUGAAAGAAACAAAAGGUGAAAAGUCAAAUGUAAAUAAAAUAAAAAUAAAAUCUGAAGAUGAUGGGGAUAAUGAUGAGAGUGAAUGUAAUGAAGGUACAAAAAGAGAUAAAACUAAAAUUAAAAAAGAAAACAUCAAGGAAGAAUGUAAAGAUGUCGAAGAAACAAACACAAACGAUGAUGAGGAGUCAGAAGUGACGUCCACAAAAGAAUUACCAGUGAGAAGAACACGUGCAAGUUUAAGGAAUGUGGGAACAGUUCCCAAACCUCAACCAAAACCCACAAAAGGAAAGAAGGAACCUAAAAAGAAGCCAGAAGAGACUGUUGUCAAGCCAAAAGGGAAGGGUAGCAAAACUGAUGCUGUUGAGGAAAAAAAACCUUUGCCCAAAGGAAAAGUUGUAAAAAAUACUAAGAGUAACCCAAAAAAAGUAGGUAACGACAAAGCAAAAAGUGUUCAAAAGCAAGAAAAGGAAAUCAGUGAUGAGGAAGAAGUGACAAAGACCCUUGAUAAGGAAGAAGAAGAAGAUAAUAAAAAAUCAAACACUAAAGAGAAACAUGUUAAAGAAAAAACUCAGGCUAGUGAUGAUGAUAAAGCUGAUCUUGUUAAUGAAGAGGAUGGAGAGGAAGGUGAUGACAAUGAAAAACUGAAGAAAGGCAAAGCUAAACCAAAACUACCUGACAAGAAAAAUAAGCUAAACAGUGAUGUUUCAGAUAAUGAAGAAUCCAAAGACAGUAAAAAUAGUGAAAAAUCCGAAGAAAGUAAGUCAAAUUCAACUGGAACAGAAACAGAGCAAAAAAAGCAUAGAGGAAGACCCAAAAAGGUUGCUGGUGCAUCAGAAAAUGAAGAACCAAAAAAAAGAAGGAAACGACACGUCUUAAUGGGUCUCACUGAAAGGGAUUUAAAAAUUGCCGAAGAAUUUAAGGCUGAUGCCAGUAGUGGACCUGGGGAAGGUAGAAUGAGACAAUCACGACGGAUAGCACAAUUGAAAAUCAAAGAAGAAGCUGAAAGAAGAGCAAUGGAAGAAGCUACAAUGGCGGUAAUGAAAUCUACUAAAAAAAAAGAUAAGAAGAAGGAUAUGAAUAAUGAAGAUAAAGGGUCAAUUAAGAAGAAAAAGAAAAAAGAUACAAGUGAAGAGGAAGAUGUAGAAGAAGGAGAUACCAAUGAGGUGGAAGAUAAAUCAAAAAAGAAAAAGAAAAAAAAGAAAGACAGGUUAAAGUUUAAAAUUGACAAACCUUGGAUGUCAUCUUCUUGUUCAAGUUCAGAAAAUGAGGAAGACGAAGAUGAACAUUCUGAUGAUUAUGAUGAGGAUCAUUACAUUAUAAAAAAGGAAGCUAGUGAUCAUGAGUUUUCACCAGAGUCCGAUCUUGAGAAGGAUGGAGAAGUUGUGCCUGUACGAAGAGCUAGAACUGCUUGUAAAAAAAAGGAAGUAAAGAAAGAAGAGGAAAAAGAAGAUGAAAAAGAAGACCAAAAAUACGAAACUGGAUAUGAAGAUUACAGUUGUGAAAAGUGUGGUCUUACUGAUCAACCAGAAUGGAUUCUCCUUUGUGACACUUGUGAUAAGGGCUACCAUGCUUCAUGUCUUCGACCUCCCCUCAUGCUAAUUCCAGAAGGGGAUUGGUUUUGUCCUCCAUGUCAACAUGCUGCUUUAGUUAAGAAACUUAAAGAUACUUUAAGAACAUUUGAAAAAAAUUCGAAAAGAAGGGCAAACGAGGAAUUACGAAGGAAAAGGCUUGCAUACGUAGGCAUUUCUCUUGCAAAUGUUCUCGCUGAUAAUGCUGGAAAUAACACGGCCUCUAAGAAUAAAAUAAAACCUAAAGGUGUAACUAGGAAAAAAAUAACACAUUACUCUUCUGAGUCAACCACAGGAGAGAGUUCAUCCUCAGGUAGUUCUGAUGAUGAAGAUGAACCAGUCUACCAGCUUAGACAACGUAGAGCAGCUGGUCAAGCAAAUUAUCGAUUCAGUGAAUAUGAUGAUCUUAUAAAUUCAGCGAUCCAGGAUGAAAUAGAGGUUGGCGAACAAGAACCAACACAGGCCAUAAGCCGAGGAAAGGAUAUGGAAACCAUAAUUAAAACAUCAGGCAAGGAAAACGAUGAACUCGGUGAUGGUGGUGUACAAGAGGCCAAUGAUGAAAAAGACGAAGGAAAUGAAAGGAAUGCUUUGAUUGUUACUAAACACCCAGCUCUUAGUUUGGGAAGGAAAAAAUCAAAGAAAUUAAAUGAUUUAGAUGUUCAUAGUGAUGAUCAUGAUUCAGAUGAAGAUUUUAAAGGAUCGAGUGAGGAAGAUGAUGACUAUAGUGACAUCGAAGGAAGUGAUGAUUCUGUAGGUUGGAGAAGUCAACCUUUAAGAAGGUCCAAUCGGGCAAGGCAAGCUAGAAUUGACAAAGAAUUUAUAAAUGAUGACAGUGAAGAUAGUUCCGAUGGUAGGCCUAGAAAGAAAAAGUCAAAAAGAAUGUGGGAAGAAUCGGAAAGUGAAUCAAGCAGUGAUAGAUCAUGGGGGCGGCGUAGGAGAAAACCUCAAGUCAGGGCACAAGCGAGGACAAAAAAAUCAGGAAAACGCUCUGGAGGAAGUAGGAAAAAACAAAGGAAUAUUUUUGAUUCUGAUUCAGAUGUUCCACGAAGAACUACAGUUAAAAAACCUAAAAUUAAAUAUGGUCCGAUAGAAGAGGAAUUAGAUACCGGAAGAAAGACGAGAGGAAAGAAAAUCAAUUUCCGUGAAGUUAUUGGAAGUGAUUCUGAUGAUGAACUUGGAAUUGGAAAGAAGGAGAGUGAUGAUGAUGAAUUUGUUCUUGAAGAAGGAGAGGAAGAACAACUAGCACCUACCAUUCCUUUGAAGGAAGUCAGAAAGAAUAGGAUAGUAUCAGAUGAAUCAGAAGAAGAAGAGGAGGAAGUAGAAGUAGAAGAUGAAAAUGAAGGUGAGGAAGAUGCCUCUGAAGAAGAAGAAGAUGAGGAAGAGGAAGGUGAAGAAGAAACACCUUUAACAAAUAAAUAUGUAAAAUUGGAAAAGGAAAAAGAGAAAGAAAAACCUGAAGAGAAUCAGGUUGACCUUCUAGUUCCUGAAACGGUUAAAGAUAUUGAAAAUUUAGCUAGAAGUAAAAAGCAAGAUAAAAAAGGACUCGAUGAUGAACUUGAAGAAGAGGAAGAAGAAGAUGAAAAUGAAAAUGAGGAAGUAGAUGAUGAGGAACAGGUUGAGGCAGGCUUUGAAACUACAGAGGGAAAGAAAGAAGGUACACCACCUCCUGCAGUUAAUCGUAUACGAGUUGUACCACCUCAGAAACUUUUGGCCGACCCGGUCUCAGCACCUUCUGUUAAAGGAAUUCCCCAAGAUUCGGUCAUCAGAGGAAUGCUCCAACCAGCACAUUACAAGCCUUCAGGUCAAGUCCCAAUACAUCGGGUGCCUAACAGCUUACCACAGCAACGCCCUAGGUUUGUAGAUAGAUUUAUGUAUGGUCAACAUCCACCUCCACAAGGGUUUCAACCGCCCCCAGGUGGUUAUUUUCCGGGUCAGCCCGGUUUCCAACCUCCACCACCUCUCCAGCCCGUUCAACCCAGUCAAGAUGACGAUUAUGCUGAGUACAACCCAUCAACAGGAGCACAGCAGGAAACUACUGCUUCUCGGUUUUGCGGUACAACUGCGGCUCCAGCUAAUGACAGCGAGUUUGGUGGACUUGUUAUGUAUUUUUCAUCACAGCACGAAGACAAUCUUGAAACGUAGCAUUAACCGAAUUGUACAAAAUAAUAUAUUAAAUUGAAUUUAGUGAUUUAGUUUAAAGUAAUGACUUACUUUCAAGUUAAGUGUGCUGUAAAAUUGGUUUCAUGUAUGUGCAAUCCUCCCUCUCAAAUGAGUGUAUAUUACAUUUUACUUUUGUGGCGAAUAUUGUUACUUUUAUAGUUAAAAAUUUACUCGAAAUAAAAUUUUUCAUAUUUUUUUGUAAAUUUUUUAAUUGUAUAUAUUUUGAUACUUAUAUUGUAAAUUUUCAGUCCUUCAAAAUAUUAAUUUGUCUCUUUUUAGUAAAAUAGUACAUAUUUAUAUUUUUGAUGUUGUAAAUAUCAACACUUUUUUUAUUAUUAUUUUUUUAUUGUUAUUGCUCUCCAAAUUGUGUUUUUUGUUUAGUGUAAUGAAAUUUUUAUUUGGCACAUUUGUUUUUCUUUUAUAUUUAUUUUGUAUUAUAGGGAUAUAUCUAGUUAAUACUAACAUAAAAAAAGAUAUUUUUGGUGAAUUCGGCUACUACAAAAUAAAUUUUUGUAAAUAUGAUAGAUGUAUUUAUAUCGAAAAUAUAAAUAUAUAUACAAUUUGAAAUAAUAUGAUUAUUAAAAACAAAUGAGACAUCCUUGUUAAUAACAUGUAGUCUAAUGAGAUAUCAAUUUUUUGUAAUGUAUCUUUCCAUGUCUUCAUUUCUUAUUUUAUGUUUUAAUAAGGUCAGGUACUCUAGUUGGCAACAAUACAAAUGUGUGGAAAAUGUGCAAGUGAAAAAAAAAAGAAAAGUGAUUGAUCAUAAUUUUUACAGGUAGUUUUAAAACUGUGAAGGCGUCUAAGUUUCUUUUAUUAUAAAAGUUCCUAACAGAACUGGUCAAUGAUUAUUUAACAGAUUAUUGAUAAAUAUUAUAAAUACAUUGUGAUUCAGUUAGCUGUUCGAAAGGAAACUUUCUCACCGACUGACUUAAUUACUGUAUUUUUAUUGGGGAGGGUAAUAAAAACGACCGCUUUCAAUUUCCUA